AUGGAGCAUAAAAAACUAUUAGAAAAUGUAAUGAUUGAUUUGCUCAAGGAUCCAACUUGUCCAAUUUAUUAAGUAAAACUAUUUUAUAUUAUAAUUCAUAGUAUUAAGAUUGGCAAUUAAUAAACAUAUGCCAAUAACUCUAAUUAUAAAAUUUCAGUAAUAUAAAAGAAGAGGAUUUUCAAAGAAAGUUUGCUUAGUUCUUUAUAAAUUAUUUGGAAGUGGAAAAUGAAAUUGAAAAUAUUUUAGAAUAAUCUUCAAUAAAAAGAAGUGAUUUGAAGAAAAAUAAUGAAGUUCGUUCUCAUUAAAACAAUUAAAGUUAAUAAAGUAAAAGUUUAAUUAAAUCAAAUUAAGAGUCAAAUAAGGAGAAAAAGGAUUAAUUAGACACACUUAAGAAUAAGAAAAAAGUAAAAUUAAAGUCAUCUAAUCAAUCUGAUUUAUUAGAUAUUGAAGUAAACCCAUGUACUAACAAUUCAGCAAACUUAGAUUUGAUAGUACCUUAAGAUAAAAAGUUAUCUCAAUAUAAUUUUGAUCCUCUUAAUGAUAUUAAUCAUGAUAAAAAUAAAUGCAAAGAAAAAACAUAAAAAAUCACAUCCAAUGAAUAGAUUUAAAUGGAAUCUAUUAUUGAAAGAAACAAUAAUAAUUACAACUAAGAAUAGAAUUCAAAAUAAAAAAAUAAAAGUACUAAAGAGAUUAAUAAUGAAAUCUAAUCUAAUUCAAGAUUUAAAUCAAAUGAUAAAUCAAAUGAUAAGAAUGAAACUUAAAAUUAAUUGUAAAUUGAAUAAUAAAAUGAAGAAAGAGAAAAUAAUAGGUAAAAUGAUAACAAUAAAAAUAAUGAAUAAAACUCUAGAAAAAAUAGAUAAAUUUAAAUUUAAAAAAAACCUUCAAGAGCUAUUAUUGAUACUUCUCCAGAAGAAGGUGAAAUAUUUUUAUAACUUUCAGAUUCUGAAUCAUUAAAAUAAAAAAAUAUUUAGGAUUUAAGAAAUAAAUAAGGAAAAUAUUUAAUGGAUGAUUAAAUUAAAAAAAAUAAAGCAUUAAAAAAUAAUAAUAAUUAUAGAUAAAAAGUAUUCAAUCAAAAAUAAAACAUAUAAAAUAUAACUUUCAAUUAAGCAACAUAGAUUGAAAAAUCUAUUAAUCCUCGUUUAUAAACUGAAAUUUCAUAAAAUUAAAAUUAACUCUAACCUAUAGAUGGAAUUGAAUUUCAGAUUCAAAAACAAAAAUAAUUAUUAGAAAAUUAAUAUAGCAUUAUCUAAUCUUAACCUGCCUACUAAAAAUCAGAUAAUUAUUAAAUGAAUUUAGAAAGAAAUAAUUUAAAUAGUUCUUUAACUAAUACAAGUAAUAGUAUAAUAUAAUAAAAAAAUUCAUUAUGUGAUAUUCAGAAUGUGGAUUCGGCACCCAUUUUGAAUCCUUUAUUUGACAUUUCUAAAGAAUCAUCUAACUUUAUUGUUUAAAAUCUAUAAAUCAAAAAAAAUGAUUAUUAAGGUGCAAAUCUAGAAAAGAAUAAUUAAUAUAUCCAAUCAAAUAAUUAAUAUUGGAAGUAAAAUAAUUAAUUCCCAUAUUAAUUACAGAGUUAAAUGCAAAAUAAUUAAUAAAUAUCAAAUUAAAUGUAUUUUUAAUCAAAUAUCUAUCCUUAAUCUGGACAAUAUAACAAUAGAAUUUNUAGUACCUUAAGAUAAAAAGUUAUCUCAAUAUAAUUUUGAUCCUCUUAAUGAUAUUAAUCAUGAUAAAAAUAAAUGCAAAGAAAAAACAUAAAAAAUCACAUCCAAUGAAUAGAUUUAAAUGGAAUCUAUUAUUGAAAGAAACAAUAAUAAUUACAACUAAGAAUAGAAUUCAAAAUAAAAAAAUAAAAGUACUAAAGAGAUUAAUAAUGAAAUCUAAUCUAAUUCAAGAUUUAAAUCAAAUGAUAAAUCAAAUGAUAAGAAUGAAACUUAAAAUUAAUUGUAAAUUGAAUAAUAAAAUGAAGAAAGAGAAAAUAAUAGGUAAAAUGAUAACAAUAAAAAUAAUGAAUAAAACUCUAGAAAAAAUAGAUAAAUUUAAAUUUAAAAAAAACCUUCAAGAGCUAUUAUUGAUACUUCUCCAGAAGAAGGUGAAAUAUUUUUAUAACUUUCAGAUUCUGAAUCAUUAAAAUAAAAAAAUAUUUAGGAUUUAAGAAAUAAAUAAGGAAAAUAUUUAAUGGAUGAUUAAAUUAAAAAAAAUAAAGCAUUAAAAAAUAAUAAUAAUUAUAGAUAAAAAGUAUUCAAUCAAAAAUAAAACAUAUAAAAUAUAACUUUCAAUUAAGCAACAUAGAUUGAAAAAUCUAUUAAUCCUCGUUUAUAAACUGAAAUUUCAUAAAAUUAAAAUUAACUCUAACCUAUAGAUGGAAUUGAAUUUCAGAUUCAAAAACAAAAAUAAUUAUUAGAAAAUUAAUAUAGCAUUAUCUAAUCUUAACCUGCCUACUAAAAAUCAGAUAAUUAUUAAAUGAAUUUAGAAAGAAAUAAUUUAAAUAGUUCUUUAACUAAUACAAGUAAUAGUAUAAUAUAAUAAAAAAAUUCAUUAUGUGAUAUUCAGAAUGUGGAUUCGGCACCCAUUUUGAAUCCUUUAUUUGACAUUUCUAAAGAAUCAUCUAACUUUAUUGUUUAAAAUCUAUAAAUCAAAAAAAAUGAUUAUUAAGGUGCAAAUCUAGAAAAGAAUAAUUAAUAUAUCCAAUCAAAUAAUUAAUAUUGGAAGUAAAAUAAUUAAUUCCCAUAUUAAUUACAGAGUUAAAUGCAAAAUAAUUAAUAAAUAUCAAAUUAAAUGUAUUUUUAAUCAAAUAUCUAUCCUUAAUCUGGACAAUAUAACAAUAGAAUUUUUGAAAGUGGAUAGAAUUUAGAACUCUAAAAAGAAAAAAAGCCUAAGAUAGAGGUUUUAGAUAUUAAUAACAAUAAUAUUGGAAAUGGUUAUUUCACAACUUAAAAUAAGACUCAUUAAAUAAAAAUCAAUGGAAAUUAAUGUAAUUAUUGCAAAUAAAUGGAUGGGAAUGUUAAAUUAGUAGAUGUUGAAGAUGGAGUUAAAAUUUGUUCAUCUUGUUUAUUAGAGAAAUUGAAUCCAUUUAAAAAAAUUAUGUAUACUUUAGGAUUUCUAGAAUAUCAAUAUCAAUAAAAGUCAUAAAGUAAAAUACAUUUAGAUUUCACAAUCACAAAAGAAUAAUUUCUAACUCCUGGAAUGUAAUUUGAAAUUAGAUGUGUUAUGAUGAAUUAAAAUGGAUUAACAGAUUUUACAUUCCCUAAUAGUUGCGUACUUCUUAUUAAUGGAGUUAUAGUUAAAGAGUUUAAACCUCUUAUUGAUAAAUCGUGUUUAAAAAAAAGAAAAGAUAAUUCUAUUUUAAUUAAUAUUGAUUAUCUUUAAAAAACAUAUGGAAUAUAAAAAAAGUAUAAUUUCACAUGUAUGGAAAUUAUCCCUGAUUCAUAAAUGAGGUAAGAGAUUCCUAAAUAAAUAUAUAUAUUUGGAUUGUAUUUAGUUCAAAAUUAAAGUUUGGAUUAAGUAAUUCAUUCCAUAGUUAAUCAAAGUAUCUUGUCUCAAAUUAAAGUUGAUUUUUGUAAAAACGAAAUCAAAGUAGAUAAAUCUAAAGUAAGUCUUAUUUGUUAAUAUUCAUUUGAUUUAAUUAAAAUUCCUGCAAGGUAUAAUGUAAUUUAUAAUUUAGAGGAGAAUUUUGUUAACAUUAAUAAUGUUUUAGUUUAAAUAAUUAUUUGGAUAUGAUGAUUCAUGCAGAACAUAUGAAAUGGAUUUGUCCAAUUUGCAAGAAAAAUUGUACUAGUUUGAGAAUUGAUCAAUAUUAAUGGGAUAUUUUAAAGAAGAUUUAAUAGCUAAAUAUAAAAGUUGAUUAUAUUACUGUUGAUUAAAAUGUAAAGAAAUAUAUUGAAGUAUUAAGGGUAGUUUAGAUUGUAAAGAUCCUUUAUAUGCAAUUAUGUAAAAUAAUAAAAUUAACAGUUAUACUCAUUUUGAAAGAAGCUUUCCUUAAUUCGACAACAAUAAUGAAAUUGUUUCUUAAAACAAAUUUCAACCUUAAGGUAUAAAUGAAAUAAAUGCUAUUCUAAUUGAUUGA